AUGGCGUCUUUCGGACAAGACACACAAACAGAGCUGCCGCCAUCGCAGUCUUUUUUUAAAAAUCCAUUUUCCAUAAGAAACAUUUUAAAUCUGUCCGAAGAACCGCAGGACAGAUGUGCACAGAAUACGAGCAAUCAAAGAUUCCCUAUCAUUCCUCAAGUGGUUAGGCCGCUAGAGUUUGGGCGGUAUACUAAUGUGGAGGUUGGUUUGGCAUGUUAUAGAACAACCCAAAGGCUAAGCGCUUUAAGAAAUUUUCCUCCAUGGCUGCUUGGAACCCACUUUAUGAGAUUCCUUCCAGGUAAGUGAAUGAAAACGAAAAGGUGUUAUUUAGUACAUGUGCACUUGCGAAACUUUUACACUAGAAGGGUCGACGUAUCUUUCCAGCCAAGGUUAAAAGGGUUUUUACCGCUUUGUCACCUACGCUAUCUACUUUUACGCUGGAAUCUGCGAAAGAAAAGGAAGAAAAUUCCUCAAGAACUAUGAUUUAUGGCGUGCGAACAAGACCCGACUUUGAUGGAAGAGAAGUUGAUUGAGGGUGGGGGUGGGGUACAUACAUAUGCAAAUGUUACUGCAAUGGCAAGCUCGCUGAACGGGCUGAACUGUCUUACAUCUUAUUUGGGCUGAUUUUUUAAAACCUUUUUUAAACGCUUCUUUUUUUUCCUGGGAAUGAAGCUGUACUUUACACUAUGACGGCCGAAAAGUUACCUCGCUAUUAUUAGCUUUUGAAAAUAUAAUUUUUGAUUAAUUCUGAGAUAAGUUAAGUAAUUGUUGUUUGCAAAAAUUUGGCUUCAGGUCUUACUUGAGCGGUUGGUUUUUUCAAAGAGAAUCAUUUGAGAGCGAUACAGUUAAACUUAAACAUGUAGUGGCAAGUGCCUCUUCCCAUUUACUACUGACGACUCAGGCCUGACCGCUUUGUUUCGGAGACGUAACAAUGGAUUACAUUGGAAUGAAAAAAUAAGUUUCGUCUAUUGGUUUCCAAAAGACAUCUUUCACGUUAAUACAAGCAGGAGAUUUUAAAGUACAAUGGCAUGUAGCACUCAUCAAGGUCUAUUAACGCAAAGACCAAACUUUCUCUCCUACGGAUUAGUGAUGGAUUUGAAGCGUUGAUGGGACUGCUGUCACCUCAGUCUAAAGCCCAAAGGAAUUAUCUUAGAGGUUACCGAUACUACACGCCCUGGGGAGCAAAGUUAACCCGAUCGUCAUCGCAAUCACUGUUUCCGUUAGUUAUUUGACACUGAUGAUUGCCUAGUAUCUUUUCUAACCAAUAGUUAAGUUGUUUUAACCCAUUCGCCCCUGAACUGCCGGUAACCGCCCGUGCGGAUCCAGGUCCUUUCUACCCUUUGUGACGUCAUCAGUUUUAACGGUCAAGGACACCUUUCUUCGCUAACUUGUGCAGAGUGAAGAGAUCUUUCAAACCAUACCAGAAAGAGCACAAUUCAGUCAAGGACACCGGAGAAAGAAGCAAAAAACCACGUGACAUUGACCUGAAAAUCUCCAUGAAAAUCUUGUUCCAUUACCCACCUACCUUUCCUUUCACCUAAUCCUAAGAUCCUAAAAGCUUUCCUAAAAACUCUUCCCACCAAAAUGAAGCCUACUAAAUGCCCAGCAAGAGAAAAAAAAAAUGAGGCAAGAAAAGCGAAAAAAGAAGGGAGGAGAGAAAGCGAAAAGUAAAAGUCAAGACUGCUGUGUCACUUUUAAACCCAAUCUCAAAAUUUUGCUUUCUGCGCAUGCUCGAACUUCGUAAGCUGAUAUUUUGCAUCUGGAUCAGAAGGCCGCGAAGUGUACGACCGGUAAACCAGUUUGUGGUAAGUUUUAGCUCUUUAUAGCACGACAGUGACCAGAAAACCACUCGACUAGCUUCAAAACGCGUUUUUCGGCAAAAUCUCCAGGAGCGAAUGGGUUAAGAAAAGUACCAAGCUUUUUGAAAAAAAUCCACUUUUCAGAAUAAAACAACCAAAUCUGUCUAUUUCAUGUAAAAUCAGGUGAAAAGUUGGUAAAAGGCCAUUUUUAGGUUUUUUGAUUAAAGAAGGUUCUUAUUCAUAUCAACAUGAGGAGCUUUGCAGUAUAACCCGCUUGCGCAGUUAACCUUCAGGUACACUCUAGGUAAUUUAUUGCACAACGUAAGUUUUUUAUGCCUAUGUGUAUUGACGAAAGGUCUCUGGUUAUUUUGCCUUCUUUCGCCUUUCUUGGCUUUCUCUCAUCAAGGCCAGAGUAGGCUAGAAAACUGACCUUAAAAACUACGGCGAAGUCAGCUAGUUUUCUAGCUGAAACCAGAGAAACUUAAGGAGAAAAGUCGAUCACUUUUCACCAGCAAAUUCAACUUCAAUAGUUCCAUAGAAGGUUCUGAUCACAAGAACUGAUCCUUCUAUCUUUUCUAUUUUGCAGAGUUAUCAUUAUUAUUAUGCAGCAGUCAAGACUUUUCUAAGCUAUACACAGUUAAAAUAGUUUGACUUUGCACGUGAGCGUAACCAGUUAACUGUAGUGAGAACGUAGUAUAAUAAUAUAAAUUUUAAAAAUUUUCAAUAUAAAUAAUGCUCCAAAAAAACAAAAAUAAAAUAAUUAAAUAAUAAAAAAAAUGAUAAAGCUAUUUAAGAUAUCUAGAAUCUAAAGGGAUAAUUAUAAACUAAGUCUUUAAAGUUCUCUUAAAUAUAUUGCUUAUUCAGCGAUAAAAAAUUAAUUGACGAUUACUUCAUAACUUUAAAAGUCCAAAAGACGUUGAAGGAAGAGAGUUAAUAAUUUCGAAAGCGAUCUUCAUUGUUCAUGUUGCAACCUCAUGGCUCUUGGUUCUAGAGAUGUUUAGUCCCGAGGGUAUAUACGUAGAGCCUUCUGCAUGUUAUGAAGGGCUCCCUUACUCUUACUUCCUUUGCAGCUUGCAGUCUCGGCACCAUCCCCCUAACAAGUCCAUUAUGAUAUUAUAAUGUUUUACUUCAUAUCCUUGGUACUUCUGCUUUAAAUUCCAACGGAGCGGUCCUUAUUUCGUGGUUUUCUCCUCCUCAAUUUUUCUCCCGCUUUGAAACCCAUCGGCAGCUCAUGUCAAGCCUUAUGACUCGCUUUGAUUCGUGGUUGAUAAUGCGAGCAUCAACUUCUUGGUGCUCCGCAAAUAGAGGGACAUCCCAGAACGCUUGUGCAUUAUCAUCAUCAUCAUCAUAAUUAUUAUUAUUAUUAUUAUUAUCAUUAUUAGUUUACGAGAUACUAAUAGUCAAGUAGUGCUUGAGGAGUAGUAGUAGUAGUAGUAGUAGAUAGUAGUAGUAGUAUUAGUCGUCGUCUAUGCAGUAGUUUAUGGUAGUGAUGUUUAUUUUAUCUUUUUUUUUUUCAAGGUGCAACGCCUUAUCUUCAAAGAAGACGCAGUCAACGUAAAAAAAAGCAAAGACCCCUGUUUUCCCAAAUACAAGUGCACACUCUGGAACUGGAAUUUGCCAGGAAUCGUUACGUGUCCGAAGAAAAAAGGGCUGAGUUAGCCACCAAUCUUAGCCUCACAGAAACGCAAGUCAAAACGUGGUUCCAAAACAGAAGAACAAAGUGGAGAAAAGAAGCUAAGGACAAACUAGAAACCGUCCUGAUGGACAGCAAGAGACGCUUGAGAGAAGACAUGGAGACGGCGGAUAACCCUAACCCUAACCCGGCUUCCACGACAAGUACACAGUCCACACCAUGUCAAGGAUCCGCUGACCAAUUAUUUAUUUACUUGGACAAUUAUAGUCUUAAGCCAUCGUCUUCGUCUUGA